AUGAACAACGAGCAAUUUCGAAAGCUCCUCCUUGCUAACUCGGCCAAGUCGCCGAGCGGAGCUCAGGAUGGCGCAUCGCCAUCUCCACGAGCGUCCGGAGGCGUUGGGACCUCUGCACUCGGGUCUCGACUGAAGUCCAGCAUCCCGAUGACACCACGAUCCGUUGCUGGUGCAGGUGCCGGCCGUCUCGACUUUGCGCGCCAGCUCGCGGAGCGCAACGAGCAAGACCGGCCGAAGAAGAAAUUCCGAACCUCCGCGCCCAAGGGCACCAAGUUUGCAGAGGGCUACGUAGAUCGCGCAAAACAAAGGCAGUCAGAGCAGGAGGAGGACGACAAGGCUGUGCGGAUACAAGCGCUGGAGGAGUCCUUGAAGAAAGAGGAGAUCGAUCAGGCCACGUUUGAGAAGCUCAGGAACGAAAUCGCCGGCGGUGAUCUAUCAAGUACGCACUUGAUCAAAGGCCUCGACUUCAAAUUACUCGAGAGGGUCAGGAAGGGCGAGGAUGUCUUCAGUGGAGACAAGCCCAACCAAGACAAAGCAGAGCCGUCGCCCGGGGAGGAAGACGAAUCUGCGGAAGACGACGUGGACGAUGCCUUCGAGCAGCUUGAGGAGAAGGAGGUCACCGCCAUCGAGAGGGAGAAGGCUAGGAAAAAGGGACAACUAGCCACCAGGAUGUUGGUCCCCGGACAGAAGCGGACACGGGACCAGAUCCUGGCAGAGAUGAAGGCUGCCCGUGAGGCUGCCAAAGCACAGCAGGAGUCGGCUCUGGGAUCAAAAUUCAAAAAGAUUGGCGCCAAGAAGGAGCCGGGCUCGAGGAUAGAGCGCGACGCCAAAGGCAGAGAGGUGCUUAUCAUUGUCGACGAGGACGGCAAUGAGAAGCGCAAGGUCCGAAAAGUUGCAGCAGAAGUCGAGAAAGAGCGGGAAUCGUUCAAGGUCGACCCCAACGCCGAAGUGCUGGGCAUGGAAGUCCCCGAGUACUACAAGAAGAAGCUGGAGGAGCAAGCCAAGGCCGACGAGGACGUAAAUAUGUUCUCUGACGUGGGGUCAGACUACGAUCCACUAGGUGGCAUAUUAUCAGACUCAGACGACAGUGAUGAGCCUGAUGAUGACGAGCAGAAGAAGGAGGCUAAGACGAAGUCUCAUUCACCAAGGAGCGAGGGCGAGGUUGAUUCGGAAGGCCGGGUCGCAGUGGAAGAGGACAUACCGCCUCCACCGAAGCCGCAAGCGCAACACCCUCGCAACUACUUCAAGUCUAGCUUGAUAUCUGAGGAACAGAAUGCGCGACCGGCCACGAACGACCCGUCGGUGCUGGCUGCCCUCAAGAAAGCAAAGACGCUCAAUGCAGCGACCAAGUCGGAGGAAGAACAGAAGGAGGCUGAGAGGCAAGAGAGGCUCAAGAAGAUGAUGGCGUCCGCAGAUCGUGACGCGGAGGAUAUGGAUUUGGGCUUCGGCACGAACCGCCUGGCGGAUGAGGAGGAGCUGGCAGACGACGGCAAGACCAAGCUUUCCAAAUGGGGCGAUGAGGAUGACGGUGAAGAUGGAGGCGGCGGCAAGUCCAAGCGCAAGCGAGGCCCCAAGAAGAAGAAGGGAGACGUGAAUAGUGUUGCAGAUGUGAUGAAGGUCCUUGAGAAGAGAAAAGCAGCUGAGUCGUAA